CCUCCUCUGUCUCUCCUCUGAACUAACAAAAUACCAAACCACAACCCUCUUCUCUUCUUCCUCUUCUUCUUCUUCUUCUUCUUCUUCUUCAAUCUCUCUCGUACCUGAAACAAUCCACCUCUCAUCAGGAGAAAUAUUUUCUUUGACAGAUUCAUCGUAUAUGAUCUGUUAACCACAGUCGGCGAAAGAUGGCUUCAACGAGGAAAGAAGUGGAUCGGAUCAAGGGCCCAUGGAGUCCCGAAGAGGACGAACUGCUACAGAGGCUGGUGCAGAAGCAUGGACCACGGAACUGGUCGCUGAUCAGCAAGUCGAUUCCGGGUAGAUCCGGCAAGUCUUGCCGGCUGAGAUGGUGUAACCAGCUGUCUCCCCAGGUGGAGCACAGAGCCUUCACCGCGGAGGAAGACGAGACCAUAAUCCGGGCCCACGCGCGGUUUGGAAAUAAGUGGGCCACGAUCGCUAGACUCCUUAAUGGCCGCACCGACAACGCCAUUAAGAAUCACUGGAACUCGACCUUGAAGAGGAAAUGCGCCUCCGUCGUCCCUGACGAUGGUAAUCUCCUCGGUUGUGGAGUCUACGAUGGUAAUUUGGCCGACGACAACCAACACCAGCAGCCUCUGAAAAGAUCCUACAGUGCGGGUUCGGGUCCACCCGUAUCCACGGGUUUGUACAUGAGCCCGGGGAGCCCUUCAGGGUCUGACGUCAGCGAUUCAAGCGUACCUGUCUUGUCCUCCUCCCACGUGUACAGACCCGUAGCGAGAGCAGGUGGAGUCGUGCCUCCUCUAGAAACGGCGUCGUCUUCUAACGACCCACCUACCUCGUUGAGCUUAUCCCUUCCCGGCGUCGACUCCGGCGAGGUGUCAAACAGGAUCAACGAGUCAACCCAACCGCCUGCCGCCAAUGCAAACUCGAAUGUGAUCACGAGCGCGAAUGUGGUGCCCUUUUUGCCGGUGGUGAGUCGUGAACCGGCGGGGAGGGAAGAAGUUGGAAAAGGGUUUUUUGGGUUCAGUACGGAGUUCAUGGCUGUGAUGCAGGAGAUGAUUAGGAGUGAAGUGAGGAACUACAUGGAGGGGCUUCAGCCGCAGAUACAACAUAGCAAUGGCGGAGUCGGUGGCGGGGGAGGUGGGAUCGGAGGCAUGUGUAUGCAGAGCUUGAGUGGUGGCCGUGAUGGUGGGUUCAGGAAUGUUGUCUCUAUGAAUCGGGUUGGAGUUGGGAAGAUUGAGUAGUGAUUGCAGAUGGGUUGUUAUAUUAGCCUGUAACUCAAAUGAACACAGUAGAGAAAAAGAAAUGGACGGAGAGAGAAAACUGGGCUUUUGUUUUUUCUCUUUUGUUUUCUUUUUAAUUUUCUAGGGAAAAUAAUUUUGGUUAAUGUACAGUGAGAGAAAGUAAGGCGAAGAAGGCAAGUAAGACAAGACGACACCUUCGCGAAAAUCCGAUCGGAAAAAAAUCCAACUUUUGAAUUUUGAUCGAUCGAUCGAUGGCCGUUGGUUGCUAUGGACAAAAAUUGUGCAAUUAGCAAAAUUAAAAGUUAGAAAAAGAAGGGGGAAAAAAAAGAAUUUCCAUAAUUUUCAGCAUCAAUUUUUAAGUCUGUCGUAAUCUAAAUUCUGAUAAA